UCAGGCAGCCGGCUGGAAAAGCCAGUCAGGCUGAACUUUUCUUUGCAGGAACAGCUGAUUGAUCAGAACAUGUUUCAGCUGUUCAUGUCUGACCCUUCUGUCUCACUCACCUGGUAAACAGGUAAAGCUGACUUCCCUGCAGCACUUCCUUCACUUUCUGGAAGUCUUCAGUCCUCAGAACAACGUUCAAGCCUGGGCUCCACCUCACCGAAGAUCCCGCGGAGGUGGAGCGGCCUUCUGAAUCGACCUGGCAGCAGGACCUGAGCUGGAAAACAGUGUUUGCAGUAAUCAUUUGUUGGGCGGUGGCUGCAGGUCCAUGAGGGUCAGCCUGUCUCUGAGCUUCAUGCAUCAGCGGCGCAGAGAGGCGGGCCAGCAGCUGGAGGCUUCUUGUUGACUGUACACCUGCAGCCUGGCAGUCAGCGCGCAGGGACAAGUGCUGCCUGCUUCCAGGCAGGAGGUCAGAGCUUCGACCUUCAGCGGCAGAGUACUGGUUGUUUGAUCUGAUCUGGGAGGACAGGACUCACCUGUGCAGGUGAGCUGUGAUUGGCUGGCAAUGGACCAAUCACUGAAGGACUAUGUGAGUGUGCUCAGUUGUUUCCCGCCUUCUGUGGGCAGAGAUGUUGCUGUUGCCGUGGUGAAGCCCCUGGCAGCAGGCCUUGGAAACCCCAGCACCCGCAGCCUGCUGCGUACUGACCGACAGGUGAAGUGGACCAUGGAGGUCCUGUGUUACGGUCUCACGCUGCCAUUGGACAGAGACACUGUCAGACUCUGUGUGGACGUUUACACUGAUUGGAUGAUGGCACUGGUGUCCCAGCGAAGCUCCACCCCUCUACCUAUCAGCAGAGAUCCCAACCUGUACACCCAGAGGAUCGUUCGACAUCUCUACAGCCUCUUCCUGCCCAGGUCAGACCAGGUGAGUCCGGUCCACCGGUCUCUCUGCCAGCAGGUGCUGUGUUCUGUUCAGUCUCUGGCCAGAGAGAGUUCAGUGAUGAGCAGAGAAACCUGGGAGACUCUGCUGCACUUCUUGCUGCGCAUCAACCACACCGUGCUGACUCCGCCCACUCCUUCAGAAGGCAUAUCGGACCUGUCCGUGGCCGUCCUCCUGGAGGUGUGGCUGCUGGCGUGUUCUCGCUGUUUUCCAUCCCGCUCUCUGUGGCAGACGUUCAGACAGAUGUUUGGCAGCUGGAGACAUCAGCCUGCGGUUGUGGAGCAGUGGAGUCGAGUUGCUGCAGCAUUAACCUCCAGGCUGCUUCCUCAGAGGUUUGGGCCAUCCUAUCCUCAUUUUGAAGUUCCAGAUGAAGAUGCUGCUCUGGUUCCUGCAGACAUGGAGGACGAACGUGUCUCUCACACCUGGUUCCAGGUCCUACACCUGUUCAGGAACCCAGCGGACCUGACUUGCUCAGUAGCUGGUUCCUCUGCGACCUCCUCCCAGGAUAUGUUUGAGCGAGAAAACGCUCACCUGCCAGGGAUCUUCUUCAGAGCCAUGAGAGCAGUCAGCGAACUGGUCAACGCCUUCCUCGGUACUGCACCUGUACCAGAACUAGAACUCACGCAGAAUUCAGCUUGGUAUGGUGUGACUGUAAGGAGCUCAGAGCAAAUGGACCACCUGCUGCCAAACACAGGACUCACCGCAAGAACUCAUUUCAGACACAGACUACCUUCUCUAGGUUUCUCUGUGAGCAGAGGUCCGUUCAGAGACCGUCUCCCUCCAUAUGGGUUCUCACGGCCUCGUUCUGGUAGUGCCCCGCCCACACCUGUAAACUUUCCUAGUGGGCCUGAUGCCUCUCCCUCUAAAAGCUCCUCACCACCACAAAAACGACAGCUGGCAGAGCAUGUGUCCAAAUUUUCCUCGAUAUCUUCAACCCCUCAUCACUGGAAGUCUUCCUCCCCUCCCCCCCGUUCCUCCCCCCGACUCGCAGCCCACCCUCUCAGGUGUAACGUGGAUUCCCUCCUGCACCUGUUUGGCACCUGGCUGUUUGAUGCUGCUUUCAGAACUUCAGACUCUGAUCUGCCCUCAGGUAAGCGCACUGAUGCCACUGUGACGUCAGAGCAAUGGGCAGCAGGGAGAGCAGAGGCCUGUGGGACUCUCUGCAGGAUUUUCACCUGCAAGAAGACAGCAGAAAGCAUUCAGUCUGUCUACCUGUCCAGGUUCUACCUGGUUCUCCUGCAGAGCCUCCAGGACGCAUGUCCUCCUGUUGUGGUCUCUGUCCUGCUGAACUCCACCUGUCUGUUCUGCUGUGACCUGAGAGGAGUCAACCUGCUGCUGCCGUCCUUCCUCUCCGUCCUGGAGAUGGUUCUGCUUGACAGGGAUCUGGUCCAGUUUAAGGGUCUGGUCAGUCCUGUGGAUCUGAGGCGCUCCUCUAUCUUCAUUCUGCUCUCUCUGAUGCCCCUCCCUCUGCAGCUUGGACCUGUCCAAUUACAGGUAGCUCCUCCAGCCAGUAACCAUGGUAGCAUAAGAGCAGGUCUGACCAUCACAUCAACAUCACCUGUGGUUCUGCAGGACUCUGGGGGCAAGAUGACCUCAGAUGUCAAAGCAGGCAACUUCCUGUCUUAUAAGCCCCGCCUCCUCAGCCUUCUGAUUGGAUCUCUGCAGACUGAGAUGGACACAUACAACGUCCAACUGCUGCUGGCGGCCGUGUUGAAUGAAGUCCAUGACUCGGCUGCAGCAGAGGCUUCUCAUACCUCAUCUGGACCUGCUCAGGAAGCUGGGAACCAGUACGGAGCAGCCAGUGGAACCAGCAGAACCAGGCCACCAACUAACAGAACAGAAGCAGCCGUCCUUUGGGUUCAUGGCGUCCGUCUCAUGACUCAGCGACUCACGUCCCACUGGAGAAAUGACUCAGCAGUUUGUCUGUCUGCCCUGGAGACACUGGGAGGCCUUGCUAAGGUGCAGGUCCAGGUGGAGGACUCAGAGAAGCGGCGUGCCAUCAGCUCUGUCUGCACCUACAUUGUGUUCCAGUGCAGUCGUCCUCCUCCACUUCACUCCAGGGACCUGCACUCCAUCAUGGUUGCAGCUUUCUGCUGCCUGAACAUCUGGCUGAGCCACCACCCGGUUCUGCUGCAGCAGCAGGGGUGUUUGUUGGAGGUUCUGGAGAUCGUGGAGUUGGGCAUCUCAGGCAGCAAGUCCCGGCAGGACCAGAGAGUGGCAUGGAAGGAGAAUAAAGAGCUGAACCCCGCCUCUCUGAGGGUGAAGGAGGCGGCUGAGGCAACGCUGAGCUGUAUCAUGCAGGUUUCAGGAGCAUGCACAUAUCUAGAUGGGUCCCUCAGAGAGGACACUCUGCUAUUGAAUGACAGCAGCCUGAAGAAGUCCAGAUAUUUUGUGCUGGAGGGUUCUGUGAUCCUGGCCAUGUUGGAACCAAAACCUGGACCUGAUCAGGAUCCAAGUCCAUCUCUGCUGGUGGUCUUUAGAGGACCAUCAGGACAUCACAGCUGGUCUCUACAGCUCCACCUGCUGCCCAGAGAUGGCCGACCCAUACAGACCCAGGAGACCCAGAGGACCCAGGAGACCCAGAGGACCCAGGAGACCCAGAGGACCCAGAGGACCCAGAGGACCCAGGAGACUCAGAGGACUCGGAUCACAGAACCGCAGCCUCCAACCGCAGACGAUGUCGGACGGAAAUGUGCCAUCAACCAACAGCUGGCUCCUGAAAACAUGGAGAGAGUUCCUUCUGUCGCUGCAGAUCAGAGUAUUCCCCCUCUGAACCACACGGGAACUGUUGAGCAGGUGUUGGAGCGUCUGAGAGCAACCUUGAAAAUUCAGGAGCACAUUGAAGCUCAGCCUCAGCUGAGCGGCCAUUCAAUCGCUAUGGCAACCUGCAGACCACCUCCUCCAAUCAGCUCUUUCCAGGUGACGAGAGUCUUCUUAUCCCACCUGGGUUUGCUGACUCCUGAGAGUGUGAAGGAUCCAGGUAUCAACAGCGUCCAGCCGGCACUCUUGUCUCUGGACUCGUCUCUUCCAGGUUUCUCAGACAACCUGAGACGUUUGGACCAGCUUCCGUCCAGAAACAGGGAUUGUGCCUUUGUCUUCUACAUGAGAGCCGGACAGAGGAAACCCAGAGAGAUCCUUGGGAACGUGGAGAAGCAGACCAGUGUCAGUGGUCGUUUCCUAGAUUUUCUGUCUUCUCUUGGUUGGCCUGAAGAGGUGGGGCGACUGCAGGUGGGCAGAGCCGGUCGUUCAGAGUUCCCGGCGGUUUUGGGUGACAGUGGAGGCAGCGUGUUUGAUGGGCGGAGGUUCAUCCUGAAGUUUGCAGACGCUUUGACAUGGAUCACCUUCAUCGUUCCUUCAUUGCACACCUACACAGCUGAUUGGUUGAGGAGUUCUGAGGAGGUGGGGCAAGCCACUGUUUCAUCAUCAAACCACAGAUGUUCUGAGACCCGUCCAUCAGAAGACAUCAGGUCCUGUCAUGGUGUGGCAUCAUUUUUCAGCUCUGACUCAAAGCUGCUGAUUGUUUGGGUCGAAAGCUUCGAGGACAUUGAGAAGUUUCCUCUGACCGAUCUGCUGUUGGAGACGAGAGCGCAGACCGAGACGAGUUCCUCCAACAUCCAAGUCAUCUUCAUCCAUCCUUUGAAAACGGGACUCUACAGGAUCUGUCUCCAUGGAACCACCUCCACCAAGCUGGGACUGGUUAACCCGUUGGUGGAUGGCAUGGUGACCAGCAGGAGGUCUCUGGGGUUCCUGGUCACAGAGAUGGUCUCUAACUGCUCUCACCGCUGGCGGCUGGAGAGUGACUCCGCCCCUCCGCCUCAUGUCAGAAGGAAACACCUGAUCAAUGACAUCAUCCUUGGUUACAAAAGUUGCUGCUCUGAACCCGCCUUCUACUCUGCCCUGUUCCAUCUUUAAACUCUUCCCAUGGCAACCAGGUGUUCAACUUAACGUAAACGGCGUCACAAUGGGAAGCUUCAGAUCAGCCAAUCAGAAAGCAGAGAAUUAAAAGCAAAAUAAUUAGGAAGAGUUAGCUGACCAAAAUGAGAAGAUACACUGACUCGAGCUCACCUGACUGAUGAGCUCACCUGACUGAUGAGCUCACCUGACUGAUGAGCUCACCUGUCCUGAUAAUGAUGUGGACAUCUACAGGUCAAACAGAACUCUGAGUUAAGGUCCAGUUCUCGUCCAGUUCAAUCGGCUUCCAUUAAACUGGAUAAUCCAAGCCAAUGCGCAGACGUGUCAGUGCACCCCCCCCCCCCCCUCCAGUCUGUUCUCGCAGAACAAAGCUGGGAACUGCUGCAGAUAUUCUGUCAGAAACUGAGCUGUGAGCAACCAGAAAAGUUUCUACCUGAAGAGCUGUGAAAGUUCAUCCAUGGUGCUGGAGAGCAGCGUAUAAAGCGUGUCUGUGCAGAAAAAGUGGCGGUGGGAUCGGGUUUAACAUGGCUGAGUCUGCAGUGUCUCAUCCACGUUGUUCACAUGCAUGAAAGUCGAUGUUCUGUGGCCCUCGUUAGCAGAAUGGAGCUGAUCUCAUGCUGCUAUGAUAAGAAUUAUUCUCAUUAUAUUUAAGUUAUGUUGGGAACAAAAGAGCAGGCUGUGAUGGCUGACUUGAUUUAUUUUAAGUUACAUCCUGACUCGCUGUAAAGAUUUAAAGCGUGGAGACGGACCACCUCAUCGAACUAUUGGAGGCAUAUUCACGUCAUAAUGUCGCCUUCCUGGUAUUUAUGCUAAUUUGAGGAUGUAUUUAGGGGCAGGUAUCAGGGUCCAAUAAUGCACCUGUGAAUUGUUUCCUGCACAUCCAGAUUUAUCAAGGUAACCUGAUACGCACAGUUUCACACAUCUGGAUUUUUUCUGGGUGUUGCAGGAUUUCUCCUGAUGGCCAACCUCCAGUCUGAGAGCUGAACUCGUACACGAGGCCCCUGAUCUUCUCCUGUAGUUGUUGUAAGAACCUCUGAGGAACGAGGGAUUCCCUGUUAGAGCUCUUCCUCCUCCUAACCCUGGGAUGAAGACGUGUGGGCCAUAAAUCAGAACAAACCACAUUUUACCUUCACCCAAACUGUUUCCAGUUAAAGCUCCAACAUGAACCUCACUUUUAGCUGCUCUGGUUUGACCUUUAGGUUUAUUCUGGGUCCAUCUUCUGCUGCUGAAGGUUUUUAUCACUAAAUCAUUUUUUUGCAGAUGACUUGGUAAUCUAUUGCUGCUCUUCUUCCCUCCUACAGACCGUAGAGUUUUUUUAGUCUGCUCUAAAUAUAGUUCAGUCUCGUACAAACUCUUAAAUUGGUUUUAAACGGGGAUAACACGAAAGCCAUGGUAUUCCCGCAUUCAUGAAGAGGUUUUUCAUUUUGAACUACUGCCUUAGGCAAACAAAUUGAGUUUGUUGCUAACUAUAAAUACCUGGGCUUUAUACUGGAUAAAGAGCUCUUUUAAAAUGUUCAUAGCAAAUUUGGUCCAAAAACUGAGGGUGAAGAUUGGAUUUUAUUACUGGAUUGGAUCCCAUUUGUCUCUCAAAGCAAGAAAACGAUGUUCUCAGCCACUGUUCUGCUGUGGAGACGUUCUGUAGACGAAUGCUGAAGGCCAAACGUCUUCAGUGUUUGGCUGUUUAUCGCGGUUCCCUGACGACUGCAGACGUCUCACUGGGAACUCUACACCAGCAGCGAUUGGCCUCUCAGUGGACAGAGAAGCAUUCAUUUCAUGAUCUGCAUCCAUUACUAUUAUUACUAUUAUUAUCUAUAAUAUUAUUAUUCUAAAACUCUGCCUGGCCAGGCUCCAUCUUCCUUAAACGCUCUCCUACAUCUAACGCUGGCUUUUCUCUUCGCUCCAGCAUGUUCCACACGCUCAAAUGGAAAAAGGGAAACAAGCAUUUGGCAUCCAGUGUGAACUCAAAAUAGAGGAUUUCCUUUCUGAACUUUCUUUAAAAACAAGCAAUCUGAAUCUAUUAAUCAGGCCUUUGUAUUUGAUGUAUUAAUUUAAUGAUUGUAUUAUCUCUUAAAAUGUUAGACUUGUGUAACUCUGGAUGUGUGCUGCAGACUUUCUCCUCAGGUCCUCCUUGCAAAUGAGAUCUUGAUCUCUUUGGGAUUUUUUAUCUGGUUAAAGGAAAAUGAAAUUACAGAAAAUAUUUGGUUAUAUAUUUGGGUCAUAAUUUACAGAAUAAAAUUGGAUUUUGU